GGCCGUAAUACGGUUCAAGAUCGGGGGCUGCGCAGCUCCGAUUUUCGACGCACAGCCAGCUGCAGUCUCAGAUAGCAUAAAUAUGCUCAACGGCCAUCAUUGCGUUUCCAUACCGCGCUGAAUCUCGGUUGUGUUCUGGUUUAUAGAGCAGGAUGAUUGAAUUGGCUGACCGAGCUAUACUGACACUUCGUAAUAUUACCGAUACUCUAGAGGAAUGUCGUGAUCACCACAUGUCUCUCCAUUAUCCCUUCGCAUCUCCUAUGAAAUCCAAGUUGAUCUUCGAUCUCGCGCCACUUUCCAGUGGAAACCGUACCAUUCUGUCAAGCUCUGGUGAUAGCCUACUCGAACGUGUUGACGCACAUCGUUCUACAAGUCCAAUUCACCGAUUGAUGGACUGUAACUGGCAAGAGGUGUCAGACCUCUCGCCAGACCUUGCUUGCAAAGAUCUGUGUUGCGCGGAUGACUUACAUCCUCUUAGUCACUCGUCGCCGAAGACCACGCACCUCGAGCUGACAAGGUAUGACAGUGAGUUCAGAGCAUACAGUUUGAUGGGCUUGUUCUGUCAGGGAGUAGAGAUAAAAUAUGAAUACAGCCGACCCGCACGCGAGCCACUAGCAGAAAUAUGGCAAUCACCAAACAUUGCAGGAAAAAUCACCCGCCGCCGCCGCCGCCGCCGCACGGUGCUUGUCCCAUUCUUAACGUCCGUUUUGCAGAAGGACCCCAGAGUGGAGAUGAGCUGCAAAUACCGCCGACCCGCACGCAAGCGAUACGUUGUAAGAAAUAUCACCUGCCGCCGCGUACGCUCUCUCGCAGUAAGGAAGGACCUCUUCUGUGAUCCAAGAGUAGAGAGGUAUCGAGUAAAAUUAACCACCAACUGAAUUGCAAACACCGCGGACCUGCACACAAGCCAUAAAGAUGGCAAUCAACAUACAUUCCAGGAAAAAUCACCCGCCACCACAUUGCGGACGCCCAAUCCGCUUAAUAAAGCCAACACAACGGAAAAACCAACAGGGCAGAUUCCAGAACUUUUCAUAGUCCAAC